AGCAGGCUCCAGCCGCGGCCUGCCUGCCGGGACCUGGGGGCGGGGGAGAGGAGCGCCGGCCCCUGACUCACCCCACCGCCCCAGGCUCCAGGCUGGCUUGGGGCGGGGGCGAGGCCGUGCCAUCCUAGCCCAGCGGCCCACCUCCGGCUGAAAAGCACCUCCAGCCGGGAUACGGGCUCCCCUCCCCUUCCCAGUCCCUGGGGAUGGAGGGCUGCCCCUGGCUCUCCAAGGUGAGGCCUGGCAGCCAGCUGCCCACCGCAGCCUGACAAGGAGCAGACACCAUGGAUUCCUUCAAGGUGGUGCUGGAAGGGCCAGCACCCUGGGGCUUCCGGCUGCAGGGGGGCAAGGACUUCAACAUGCCCCUCUCCAUCUCCCGGCUCACCCCAGGAGGCAAAGCUGCACAGGCGGGCGUGACGGUGGGCGACUGGGUGCUGACCAUCGAUGGGGAAAACGCCGGGGGCCUCACGCACAUCGAAGCCCAGAACAAGAUCCGGGCCUGCGGGGAGCGCCUCAGCCUGGGUCUCAGCAGGGCCCAGCCGGUUCCGAGCAAACCGGAGAAGGCCCCGGCCCCCGCCGCGGACCCACCGCGGUACACCUUUGCACCCAGCGCCUCCCUCAACAAGACGGCCCGGCCCUUCGGGGCGCCCCCGCCCGCUGACAGCGCCCCGCAGCAGAAUGGGUGCAGACCCCUGACAAGUCAACAGCCACCCCGACCACUGGUCCCAGACGCCAGCAAGCAGCGGUUGAUGGAGAACACCGAGGACUGGCGGCCGCGGCCUGGGACAGGCCAGUCCCGUUCCUUCCGCAUCCUCGCCCACCUCACAGGCACCGAGUUCAUGCAAGACCCGGAUGAGGAGCACCUGAAGAAAUCAAGCCAGGUGCCCAGGACAGAAGCCCCAGCCCCAGCCUCAGCCGCCCCCCCGGAACCCUGGCCUGGCCCCACCACCCCCAGCCCCACCAGCCGCCCGCCCUGGGCCGUGGACCCCGCUUUCGCUGAGCGCUACGCCCCAGACAAAACGAGCACGGUGCUGACCCGGCACAGCCAGCCCGCCACACCCACGCCUCUGCAGAACCGCACCUCCAUCGUGCAGGCAGCCGCCGGAGGGGGCCUAGGAGGGGGCGGCGGCGACAAUGGCAACGGCAAGACCCCGGUGUGCCACCAAUGCCACAAAGUCAUCCGGGGCCGCUACUUGGUGGCGCUGGGCCAUGCCUACCACCCCGAGGAGUUUGUGUGCAGCCAGUGCGGAAAGGUCCUAGAAGAGGGUGGCUUCUUCGAGGAGAAGGGUGCUAUCUUCUGUCCGCCCUGCUAUGACAUACGCUACGCCCCCAGCUGCGCCAAGUGCAAGAAGAAGAUUGCAGGCGAGAUCAUGCACGCGCUGAAGAUGACCUGGCACGUGCACUGCUUCACCUGUGCAGCCUGCAAGACGCCCAUCCGGAACCGGGCCUUCUACAUGGAGGAAGGGGCGCCCUACUGCGAGCGAGACUACGAGAAGAUGUUUGGCACCAAAUGCCGUGGCUGUGACUUCAAGAUCGAUGCCGGGGACCGCUUCCUGGAGGCCCUGGGCUUCAGUUGGCACGACACCUGCUUCGUUUGCGCGAUAUGUCAGAUCAACCUGGAAGGAAAGACCUUCUACUCCAAGAAGGACAAGCCCCUUUGCAAGAGCCACGCCUUCUCACACGUGUGAGCCCCUCCUCGCCCUCGGCUGCCUUGGCCCCGCCCUCUGCAGCUUUGGCCCCGCCCUUGGCUGCCUUGGCCCCGCCCAGGCCGAGGGCGUCGCUGCUUCAGGAGUCGUCAUCACUGGCCCCAGACGCUCCGUAGGGCUGGCAAAGGGGCCCCAAGUCCGACUCCUGACCCGAGCCUACAGUUUCCCGGCCCUGACCCACCGCCUUCACGUACCCCGCACUCUCUCCACCACCAUCACGCACUGCCCCUGUUCACCUCCAGUGCCACAAUAAACCUGUAUCCAGCUGUG